AUGGAUGAACUUUUAAGGAAGCGACUACGUGAGAAUAGCUUUAACUACAAAAGGUCGCUGGAGCGAAUAAUAGACAAGUAUUCAAAACUUCAGGACCAAGACGGAGGACUGGAGGUGGACCUCAACGAUAUAAAACCCCAAACACUUGGAAACUACAUGAGGCUGUCAAAAUUCAAUCUGAGCAGGAUGGAAUCAAAGAGCCUGGCAAAUUUAGAAGAGGAGUCAGUAAGGGCACAGGACAUUACAAGAGACUCUCAGCAUCUGGACUUCACAUAUCAAGAUGACAGAGCUGAUGAGGCUUCUGAUACAGUCAGCCAACUGGAAGUGGAAGAUAAAGAGAUGUCUAGAAGUGAAGAGGCUCAGCUAACUGUGAGCUUGUUGGAUGAGAGUCAGAGAAACCUUUCUCAGGUGGAUUUGCAGCCUGAAGACCAAGACGAGGAACUGCAACUGUCUCUAAGCAGCCACGGCAGCUCCUUGGUGGAGCUCUACCCCAGCAUGAUUAGUCGAAUAGGGAGAGCCUGGCACCGGCAGCACGUCUCUACAGCUGCUGACUCUGUGCUGAGGAGGUAUCGCAGGUGGCGUCGGCAGUCAAACAGGAGCAAUCCCAACUACACCUUCGUUGUCCCGCUGAGACACACAAACAGCAAUUCAAAGAAGAUGACCAGCAGGGAAAACCACAGCAAACCCGUGAAAAGGCAGUUCACGAGGACCGAAACGACUCCUCAGUCUCCUUUGCGGAUAGUAACCAGCUUGCAUGACUGGCAACCACAGCAGCAGUCUCCUGGUAAGGAGAGAGGCUUGCAGCACCACUCUCUCCUGGCAAUGGACUUCUCUGAUUACUCUGAGAUCUCUAAACCCAAAGAGAUCUCCCUGAACGAGACCUUCAUUGUGUCUCAGCAGUCCCCUCCUAAACUGUCCCAGCCGAGAGAACAGGCCUCCAUUUACACUGUCAGUCCUUCGCGACCUUGCCAUCCCACUGCUAAAGCGACCAUGGACUCAUUCGUUAAUUUUAAAAGGUCUUCUCUUUCUGCACACUCUGUACAGACUGCUGGGUCUUCCAUGUAUGCAUCAGAAACCAGUGCUGUAAGAGAAAGACCUGAUAUCUACAGCUCUCCAGUCAGGCUGAGUCCCUUAAAAGCAAGAAUGAUGAACACCCUCAGUAGAUCGCCUCAUGCAGUUCCCAGAAGCCCCAAAGAUUAUUUCAUGGAAAACUACUCCAGGGAGCCUGUGAGGUCCAGAUCUCUCUCCACCAGUCUGUCCACUCCUCCACAGAGGUCUGUUGUCCCACGAAGGAUGCUUCACCCUCAAGACUCCCAUCAGCUGCGCUCACCUCAGUCGGCCGGUCGUCACAAGCUCAGACGGCACCUUUCCUUUGAUUCCUCCCUGAAGCCGAUCCAAUACUCGCCAAAGAAAGUGGAUGAGGAUUUCAUUAAACUUUACCACAAGUUUGUGUGCCAGAACAAAUCAGCUUUCCUCAACGGCCCUCCCUGCCGCCUGUGUGCUCGAAACUCCGAGGCCAGCAGAGGCCACUCUUCCUCAGCUCUGGCCGCUCUUGCCUUGUCGCCCCACCGUGCUAUCCUGAGGAAACGCCACAGGGAGUUAGGCUGGGACAGCCGUCCCCAGUCCAAACGCUUCAGGGAAGAGUGCUGCACAUACUCCCCAGGGUCGAGACGUCACGGGAGGGAGAUGCUGAGGCGCUGUCUCUCACCGUCUGAAGUGCAGCUGCCUCAUGGGGGCCUCUCCUGUAGCUCCAGUAAACACAGCAUGUUUCAAAGGUGCGGCACUCAGCAGCCUCCAGCACAUCAGCAAUCCUGGAUGAGUCAGCGCCGGCCCGGAUCUGCAGCAGAUUUUUCAGGCCUGGGAAAUUCGCUUGAGAGUAAAACAGCCGAUGGCUACUCCCCCAGAAAAUGGUGAUGAACAGGGAUCAUGAAGGAAGAAGACAGAGAAUUUCAACAAGUUCCAGUGUAGAAAACUGUUCAUAGUUGGUCAGGUAACAGUGUUGAAUAACUGUGUAGCAGCAUGACUGUACACAUUUGUCUGUCACAUAACUGUUCAAUGUUCAAGGCUCUGUAGUAGUGUGUCUAUGUAUCUGUUUUAAACAUAUGAGUGAUAUACUCUUGCAUCCUCUUGUUCAAUUUAAGACUUUGUUGCUGUGAUACAUUAUUGCCAAGUUAAUACCGCAACAUGUAUAUUUUUUAAUGUCCAUUAUUAAAAUAAAACCACUAAUGUGACAAUGCAAUUUUUACAAGAAAAAACAGUAUAUGUUUGUCAUUGCAGUUAAUCUGUUUAUUUUACGUACUUUUUCUUUAUAUGUAAAAUUUAAGACAACAAAAUAUCAAACAGACCAAAACAAUACAGCAUUGUGGUUAAUAAAGUAAACAAAGAAAAUAAA